UCUUCUGCUACUACCAUGCCUCUCAUCCUCCUCUUUUUUUCUCUUCACAAAUUUGAUGACGGGCCUUUCUUCCUUGGCCAAUUCAGUAUGGUGGACAUGGCCUAUGUUCCAUUCAUUGAACGGUUUCAACUCUUUAUACAAGAUGUGUGGAAGUAUGACAUCAUGGCAGGACGACCUAAACUAGAGGCAUGGUUUGAAGAGAUGAACAAGGUCGAUGCUUACAAGCAAUCAAAAUACGACCCCAAAGAAAAUAUGAAAUUAUGGAAGAAAUACUUUCUGGGUCAGGAGUGAAAUAUGGAAGCAGAGAUUUCGAACUAUGAAUUAAAUAAGUGGCUUGAUGGCUAUUAUCAAUGUCUCCAGUGUAAAACUCAGCUGUACACUGACGGGUAUGUGGACUCGUUUAUGUCUAGGUGUUGCAAAAGGUUGUGGUCGGCAUGUUUGUGAAGCUUAAUAAGUUUGUAUACUGUAAUGUGUUUGUGAGUCUUGUUAUGUUUUUGUUUUUGGUUUGCUUUUUGUUACACCAGAAUUCAGACUAAGGUCAAGUUUGGGAAGACUAAAUAAGUGCACUUUUUGACUUUUUAUGAAAUAUGGGUUGGGUUUGAAGUGAUGUGUUAGAGAGGUGAUGUGACUUAAAUGAGAUGAUGUGACUUAAAUAGGAUAGUGACUUUUUGACUUUUUGAAUUUUUUGGAAGAUGCCAAACUUGCCUUAAAUGCUAGUUUUGUAAUGUGAUCAUUGAAUAAUAAAGGUUCUGAUCUUUUUAUGUGGCUA